AUGCUUCCUUAUGAGUUGACGCAAUCAGUUACCGGUGGAAACACAAUCGAUUCAAUCAUUGAAACUGCGAACCAACUAUACAAAGUUAUUCAACUUCAAGAUGCAUAUCAAGAUACUGACCAAGGUUCCAAGGAGGAACAUGAACAUGCUAAGGAGCAUAUGAUUGUGACCUCUAAGAGCAUUGGAGGUGAAAUCGUGGAGGAAAGACUUCCAGAGAUGCCAACCACUGGAGGAACUGGUUUGGAAAGAGCCAAGAGCGCGCCUCUUCGUAACCUUUCUCCUCCUGUGAGUCUGAUUCGCUUGCUAAAGAGCACUCUCCUUCGCUUAAAGCGUAAUCUGAAACACAUGCAGAGCCUUCAAUCAGAUGUGGAGAAAGAGCUCAAGGAACAACUUGAGUCGCUUACGCUGGUGGUUAAAGGUGUGGAGCCUUCCACAGCUUUGCAUAUGAGUUCGGCGGAGCAGAUGGAGAAGAGUUUAGAUUAUAUGAUCAAGAAGUUGUUGGACUUGAUAAGCAUGGUCCCUGUGUCACUUGAGAAGCUGGACAAGAAGAAAGAAUCAACAGAUCAGGAAGACGAUGGGAGUAAUAAUCACCGCAGACGCGUUGUUUGUUUGCCUGCCAUCCAUGGAACUGAAAAAGAUCUCAAAGGACUUGCGGUUUCCAGAGACGUGCAAGGAAAAUUUGAGAAGCUUAGUAGCGCUCACCUCCGGAUCUGCCUGCUGAGCUUCGCCGUGUUCCCGGAGAACCAAGAGGUGAAUGGAACGAUGCUCAUGUAUUGGUGGAUUGGGGAGGGAAUUCUGCCUGAUGGAGACAAGCCUGAAGUUGCUGUUAAGAACAUUCUCAAGGAAUUCACGGAGAAGAAGUUGAUUGAACCUGUUAGAAACAAAUACAAAGUGGAGCCGAGUAGCUAUAAGAUGACUCCUUUUGUGCAUUCUUCAGUGGUUCUCAUCUCCAAAGAGAUUGGACUCUUUGAUAUGUAUCACCAAGGGACGAAGCCAACAAUGAACAAGUCAGCCUUGAACAAGGUCUGCCUUGUGGAAGGUUCGUCAAGCGAGGCGAGAGCAAGAGGUAGAAUAAUGGAUGCAGAUGGCAUCGAGACAGUGUUCAAUGUUUCCGAGAGGUUCCCGGACUUCACGUACAGGUGGUUCUCAAGUAUGAAGAACCUCAAAGUGCUCUAUCUGGGUAGCUGGCAGAGAAGUGUGAGCGAUAUUGAAAUGCAUAACCGUCGAGUUAUGAAAGAUUUGGGUUUCCUGAGGAAGCUAAGGCUUCUGAGUUUCCAAGGUAUUUCAACCAUUAAAAGCCUUAGCCGUUCUGCUUCCAAGCUCACCGAGCUGAUCGUCUUGGACCUCAGGGGUUGUGACUACCUGGAGAAACUCCCAGACGACAUACACAAGCUCAAGAAUCUAGUCUAUUUAGAUAUGACCGGGUGUGACGCCUUAGAGAGCAUUCCCUUGGGAUUGUCUUGGCUGUCGAGUCUGGAGGUCCUCAAGGGUUUUGUGAUCCGUGAUGAUGAAAAAGCGACCACCUGCCAUCUGAUGAAUCUGGUGCAUUUGCAGAGGCUGAGAAAGCUCAGCAUUAUCGUAGACCGAGUGGAGUUUCGUUUAGAUGCUCUGUUUGGGGAUAUUGCAGGGUUUAAAGCGCUGGAAAAGUUGAAAUUGAGGUGGGGAAGAAGAAUAUCUCUGAGCAAGAAGCAGCUGGAAGACAGGAAACCAAGAAGUAUCCCUGACAUUCGCCGAGCCCCGGAGGAGGGUUAUCAUCUUCCUAAACAGUUGAGGAAAUUGGACUUGCAGCGGUUUCCUGAUAGUGAGCUACCCGGUUGGCUUCAGCCUCAGAAUCUUAAGGGCCUGGAAAAGCUCCACCUUCGAAGCUGGACGGACCUCAAAGGAUUCGGCGCCUUACCCAAAAAGCCAACCGAUUGUGGUGUCACGGUUUUACGCCUCACAUGCUUGCAAAAGCUAAAAGUGGAUUGGAGAGAGCUGAGGCAGCUCUACUUCCCUAAACUGAACUUUGUGGAAAUGUAUGAGUGUCCCGGAGUUACUUUCUGCCCCUGUGACGAAGACGGAAUCUGGAGAUCUGAUGAAUGGGAGGGAGUAAGUAAGUAA